AUGGAGGCAUUACUUAAAGAGUACAUGGCAAGGAAUGACUCGCUCAUUCAGGGUCAAGCAGCUCUCCUCCAGAGUCAAGCUGCAUCGUUGAGGACCUUGGAAAAUCAAGUGGGGCAGUUGGCUAAUGUUCUCAGUAAUAGACCCCAAGGAUCGCUUCCGAGCGAUACGGAAAACCCAAGAAGAGAUGGUAAGGAACAGUGUAAGGAGCAUUGCAAAGCUAUCACACUUCGGAAUGGUAGAGAAAUUGAACAACCAACUCGACAGACUGCAGCAACAGAGCACUCUUCGAUCCAAACCCAGGAAGUCCAGCAACCACCAGCUGAAUCAGAACAGGAUGUGAUCGACCAGGAUGCUACACUUCAUAUCAACAUUCCACUCGUGGAGGCAUUGGAGCAAAUGCCGAGUUAUGUUAAGUUCAUGAAGGUUAUCCUCUCAAAGAAACGAAGGCUAGGUGAAUUUGAGACGGUGGCACUAACCGAAGAAUGCAGUGCAAUCUUGAAGAAUCGGCUGCCACCCAAGUUGAAGGAUCCUGGUAGCUUCACCAUACCGUGCUCCAUUGGAGAUCAAUACAUCGGAAAAGCUUUGUGUGACUUGGGGGCGAGCAUUAAUCUAAUGCCAAUGUCCAUUUUCAGAAAGCUGGGAAUAGGUGAAGCGAGACCCACCACUGUUACAUUGCAGCUAGCCGACAGGUCUUAUGCUCACCCAGAGGGAAAAAUAGAGGACGUCCUAGUACGGGUGGACAAAUUUAUAUUUCCAGCCGACUUCAUCGUGUUGGACUAUGAAGCGGAUAAGGAGGUACCGAUUAUCUUGGGGAGACCCUUCUUAGCUACAGGCAGGACGUUGAUAGAUGUUCAAAAAGGAGAGUUGACAAUGAGGGUCCACGAUCAACAAGUCGCUUUCAAUGUGUUCAAAGCGAUGCGUUUCACUGAUGAGGUGGAGGAAUGUUCAGCAAUGAACAUUUUGGAUUCAUUAGUGGCAGCAGAGUUUGAAAAGACAUGUGCUGAGAAAUUGAUGACAGAGGAGGACGUGAUUGAUUCAGAGAUUAAUGAGGACAACAAUGAUAAACAAGUAUCAUGGUUGGAGGGUAGGCAUGCAGCAACAAAGUCUAGGAGGCAUUUCGAGUCGUUGGACUUGUCAACAAAGCCUUUAAGGCAGCAUAAGCCCUCAGUGGAAGAGCCCCCCAUUUUGGAACUAAGACCCUUACCGGCACACUUGAGGUACGCUUAUUUGGGUGAUUCCGAUACUCUUCCUGUAAUUAUUGCCUCUGGAUUAAAUGACAUGCAAGAAAUACAACUACUGGAGGUGUUAAAAAAGUUCAAACGUGCAAUUGGGUGGACCAUCGCUGAUAUAAAAGGAAUCAGCCCAUCAAUCUGCAUGCAUAAAAUUUUGCUACAGGAAUGCUGCAGCAAUUCAGUAGAGUAG